AUGUCGCGCCUCAUCAUCUUCGGCGGCCUAGUCUUGGUCUGCUCUUGUCUUGCCGCUCUCGCAAUAGUAACCUUCAUCAAAGCUCAAAACCUCUCCCUGCCCCUCUCCCCACUAACCACCUUUCUCCCAAUCAUCCUCCCCAUCCUAUUCCCCCUCGUCCUAUUAUCCAACCGCACCUUCAAAUCCCCAUCCUCCACCCGCUUCUUCGCCCGCGCUACCCCCACAUCCUUCAACUCCUGCUCCGCCUAUUCCCCCACGCCCACCUCCUCCUCCUCACCGGUCGCGCUUGCGUCGACACCUACGGUCGGGAUACGGCGUGCGGAUUGCUGUGGGAGAACGCCCUGCGAGGUCGCCGCGGCCGAUCUUGGCAUUGUGGUAACCUUGGCUGUUUUUCAGGUCAUCGCCAUGUAUCUAUCAGGUCGAGUUUCGCCCGCCGCCUGGCUCCCCUUCGUCGGUGGCCGUACGCAGGGCCGAGAGCACGCGGCCGAGAACGAUAGGCGGUCCAUCAUGGACACCCCAGCUGUUAGAGCGAUUAGCGACGUAGAGGCCGAGCAGGAUACUGAAGAUCAGACCGAGGAUGCUCCCGAGGGCGACGUCAAUGAGGACUUUAGGGGGUAUGGGCAUGACUGUUCAACUGAUUUUGAACUCUGGGCGAAGCCGGCGCUCGCCUACAGCAGAGAGACUCGUGAGAAAAUCCAGGUCGUUAGGCAGGUGAUCAAGGGGGUUGCAGGGAAACAAGAUCCGUGA